AUGGAAGACAGCGGGAUCGACAGCGAUUCCAAGACGAACAGCUGUAAUGGUGGCGAUCGGCCGCAGCAAGAUGUACCGGUUCCUGUGAUGAAUGCAUCUCGACUGUGUUGUAGGAGUCCACCUCUGGAAGAACCACAGAAGACACCGCAGGAGCAGGCAGCAUCAAAGUCGAGAGCACUUCAGCUCCAUAGACGAUUAGAGCGGCACAUACAGCAGUCAAAGAAAAUUCGGCAGCAGACGCGAAAUGCAUGCAUCGACACUCAGCCCAAGAAGAUGCUCCUACCACGAAGCAGGCUUCCUGUGCCCAACAAAGGCCAAGGGUCAACUGCCCAGCCAUCAGGAGACACUGAGCCUUUGGUUACGUGGAAGUCUGACAGUGAAGAGGAUUUUGAGUUUCAGCCCACUUCUAAGGCAGCUGCCCGUGAAAUUACUCAACAGCUGAUUAAAGAUGGGUACGAUCUUGACCUGACCCCCGAUGAUGAUGAUCUGGACCUAAUCCCACCAAAACCACUGACUCAAAGGUGUUCCUGCUGUAACCCAUCUCAGACAUGCUCCAUCAUGUGACCAACUGCUGUUCUUUUGCUGUUGCGACUAUGUGGAAAAGACGGUCGUUAUCUGGAACACUGCAAUGGAUGCAGGCAUGAAUGGACCGACUGGUUUAACAUUCCAUAUUGCUUUUGCCGCAUAGUGUUGUUGCAACAGCUAUUGUGGACAAACUUGUAAUGUACCGUGAUGAGUGUUGCGUGAAAUUGUGCAAAGCUCGAUAUUUUAAUUCCUGACUUCCGUCUAGUCACUGUGGAUCACUUUAAAUUUUAACACUGUUAUCCAACAAUUCCACAAAGUGCAGUGGCAGGCAUUGCAUGGGACUCAAUGCUUUUGACUGCCAUGAGUGUGUUUAAACAUUUUGAACCUGCCACUUUAGCUGGCUCAAGACGUACAUUUGAUGAAUUUAUUUCAUCGCAAAAAAAAAAAUGGAAUCUCGCCUUCAUUAAUUCUGUAUAAAGUGCCCACUGUGUUUUGCUAAGGAAAACAGCUCCUCACAUUGUGCUGUGAUAUGCUUGCUCAGCACUGCAUUAUAACAAUAGUAUCGCACGGAUGAUUGGGAAGCAGGGGCAACUUCGCUUGGUUUCUAGGUGAGUGAUAUCUGUGGCUAUAUGCUUUGGCAUCCUUAUGCUUUGGCAUAAUUUCAGAUUGGGUGCAAAUGUUGUUAUUGGAAGUAUUAAUGUGCCGAUGCAUUCACUUAUUGAAGCUGAUAAGAUGAUCUGUUACGCGUUUGUGAAGUGCUUAUAGCCAUUCACAAUAAAUUUGAAUCUAGGUGUAUUAGACUCACCUGAUGACGAAACCCUCGCAAAUAAUUUUCGAAACAAGGGCUUUGUAUAGUGUAGCAGUCAUUCUCAAUUACCUUUUAGCAUGUGAAUCGAGUUUCCGAGUAGCAUAACAAACUUGCCGCUUCCUGUAGAGUUCUUUUGUAUUAAGAGAUUGUACGUGUUAGUCAAUGCAUCGUCAUGACAUAAUUUUCACAUUGCCAGCAUCGUUUACUGUUACAACACAUUCCAGUGCCAAAACAAUUUUUACACUAGGCCCAGAGUCAUUUAUUACCCGAAAGCGUUAAAAGCUUGCCUAGAACUAAGAAAUUACUUGAUACUAGCUCCUUACCUUUAGUAACACUGCACAAGUAUAGAAAGUGAUUUUCUCUGUAUACUUCGUUCAGACUGUUUAAACUUGAACGAACGUUGAUCUGCAUUUAAGGCUAGUCAGGUGGCAUGUGAAAUGGCACCCAUUAAACAGUUGAUGCUUGAGCUUUGAGAAACCAUGCAAGGUUCGUUGCUUGGCUACAGUGGUAUCUGAAUUACAUAAUUUGCGCUGACAUUCUUAUGUCCACAAAAUGUAUUGUGACACUUAUGCAUGCACUUUUGAACAUUAGACGAAAGGAUGGCCUCGCAUGCGUGUGUAGGAGCGCAUCAUCAGUAUUUGCAAUUAACAGUUCAUUUGCAUAUCAAAAGGAUUAAACCAUUUCUAGCCUUGUUAUACUGAUGUGUGCAUGGGAAUGUAGCCCAGUUGCUCGAAAGAUUACCCUUGAAUGCGUUAUAGCUUGCAUUUCUGCACCUGCCCAUCACAUUGGUCGCACCAACAGAAUCUGUGCACGUCAUUAAUCUCGAUUUUACGAUGAUACACACAGUGAUACUAUGAUCGUGUGUUGGUGCUUGUCUACAGCAUAUUUUGUUCAUGUAAGCAUUGUCAGUAUUGUAUUGCUUCGGAACACUUCCAUUGACUCUAGUCAUUGCCCGGUGCGCGAUUUGAUGCCCAGCUUGGACGCACAUGUUUUUACGUAACUGUUAUGAAUUAAAAAUGUGGUGUUUCGAUGUUUGGUGGUAUGAAUUACGGGGACACUUUGAUCUCUGGUUUCCACUGCGAGGCUCUUGCAUCUGCCAACAUUUGCCUUGCCUGCAUGACACACACUCAAUGGUGGGAUUUAGUGUUGUUAUGCAGCUGUGACAAGAGGUGUUGCAUGUGUUAUAAUGCGAUUACCACCUGACGGCAUUAACAGGGUGCAAGAAAAACCCCGUUUCUUUGUAUAUGGUUUCACACUGAUGGCGUGUGCUCAUGGGUGUGUGCUCCAUGGAACCAACCAGCAGAAAGCCUUUCGUUCAGUUUUUGAUGAACAGCACCAGCAUAGGCAUGCUUUCGUUCACAGAAAUGCACGCACAACUUUAGGUGACCGUGCCGUACAUACCUCAGUGUUUUCACUUGUGCAAACGAUCUAUCUUAAUGUUGGAGCUUUUUCUCACAUUCAGUUAGCUGGCCUGUUGUAUAGGAGCAAUAAAUGCUCUUUUUUGUACGUUCA